AUGGGAUUCCCCAUGGGCUACUCUGAGCUCCCAAAGAUCUUUCUCCAACUUCUCUUCCUCCUGGGCCACCUGAGACGCCUCAUCUCCUGGGCCUUCAACUCCCUCGGCUUCGGCGGCCUCGACUCCGAUGCCCAAUGGCCAGAAACCACCCGCCGCCGCCACCACCAGCAGCUAGAGUCCAAUUCAGUGACGGCGGACUUGAUCCAAAAGAUCCUGCCGGUGUUACGGUUCGAGGAGUUCCGCCGGUUGCCGGAGAGUUGCACGGUGUGCCUCUGCGAGUUCGAAGGGGAUGCGGAGGUGCGGCGGCUGAGCAAUUGCCGGCACGUCUUCCACCGGUGUUGCCUCGACCGCUGGGUGGAGCACGACCAGUGCACCUGCCCCCUCUGCCGGGCUCCGCUUGUCCCUGAAGAGUUUCUUAAUGAAUUCGGCAAUGCAGAUGACGGCUUCUCCACUGAGUACUCCUCCUCCUCUUCCUCGUCGUCGGCGUCUGUACUUGUUCCCCUUCAAUAUUCUUCCUCAUAG